AUGUUUUGUUUGUUUUCGAUAUUAUUUGUAAUCGUAGUCAUUAAUAAUACUGAAAGUGUUAAAUUACAAAUUUACGCAAAUGAUACUUAUAUUAGUAAAAUUUAUAUCGGUAAAGUUAGAGAAUCAUUACGUUUGACGUGUAAAUUAUUGGAAGACAACGAUUCACAUUAUAAUAAAUGUAUAUUAGAAUGGAAAAAACCGAAGUUCAUUCAAAACAAUCACAAUCGAAUAAGACCUAACAUUGAGCAAAAUGAAGCCACCUUGGACAUAUUAUCGCUUCAAAGAUCGGAUAUUGGACAAUACACAUGUUUAUGCAAAGCCUUGAAUUUGACUGCAAAAAUAACAUUAAAUGUAAAACCAUUAAGUAUCCCAUAUUGUGGUCAAAGUAUGUUCGUAUGUGAAAAAUCUGAAAAAUGUAUUGCACAACAUUAUGUUUGUGAUGGGAAAAUUGAUUGUAAAUAUGGCGAAGACGAACAUUAUAAUCAAUGUGGCACAGACGCAUGCAUUGGUAAAAUUCGUAAUUGUAAAGAUGGUCGAUGCAUUCCAGCAAAUUGGUGUUGUAACACUGAUUUAGAUCCAAAUUGUACUGUUAAAGAGCGUCCAUCAUGUUGCAGGCAACAGUUUAAAUUGAUUCAAGAACAGUCAUCUGGAUACAGUGAAUAUCAUAGCUUUAAGCAUGGCUUACUCAAAGCUACCAUCUUCACAUUGUUUGUUGGAGCCGUACUAUUCUUUUUUCUGGUAUCAAUAUGUUUACUUGUAUUGUGUCGCAUCCAUAUCCAUUCAUGUCCAGCGAAUCAGGACAUACGUGAAGUAUGUUCACGUACACGUAUCCCAUUCUAUGAUUUUUAUUUAUAUUUAAAUCGUAAUUGGAACAAUUUAGACCAUUCGUGUGUUCAACAACGACCUGCAUUACGUAGUGCAUUAUAUUCCAAUGGCCAACACCAACGCCAACGCCAACAUCGUAGCCAACGUGUUGCGGAUCAAACCAAUAGUAAUUUUAGUAGUGGUUUUGAUAUCGGUAGUUCAGUCAAUCGUUCCAUACCUCAUAGUAUCCUCUUAAUGUCCUACUUAAAUAAUGAAGUUCAAUAUAUACAUAGACCAGCAAGUCCUCCACCAUAUUCAGAAAUAUGUGAUACAACUAUUGGAAUAACAGAUCCACCACCGCCGUAUGUGAGUCGUGAAAAUAUAUCGGAACCUGUAAAUAAUGACGACCAAUGUUUACUUGGACGUGGAUACGUUUUAGUUACAACACAUAGUGAUGAUGAAGAUGUUAAUCAAAAUAUUAAUGAUACAAACACAAGUUGUGCAAUUUACGAUUCACCUACCCCCACUCCUUCCGUACCGGAUACUAAAACUGUACUACCAAAUCAAUUAAAUACAUCGAAGAAGUAUGAUAUCAAAAAAUUACGACAAGAAUUUCUUGGUGCGACUACCUCAACAAAUUUUUCCGAUUCGGAAUGUAGUACAUCGGAUUGUGAAUUUUCUACAUUAUAUUCAUCCUUAUACCCAACCGAUAUCGAAAAUAAUAAUAAUAUUUUCGAGGAAAUUAGUGAUAAUAAAAAUGAUAAUAAAAUUGAUAAUAGUAGCGAAACAACCUUAAAUCAAGUAGCGACAUCAUCUGCAGCAACGACUACAAAUGGUGUAAAAUUACGUGAAACACAUGUAGAUAGUACAGAGAAUGUAGGAAAACGUUCAACAAAUACAAGACGACCGCGUAGUUUAAAUUGUGAUAUUUAUUUACCAUCACGUUCAUCACAACAGAGUGAUUUGAAUUCAACAUCAACAACGAGUAGAUUGUUACCUCCAUUAAUUAAAUGCAAUAGUGGUAAUUUAAAUUCAUUCUCUGAUCAUGAUGACGAUUCAACGUUCACCGAUAGUGAUAGACCACCAAGUAAAAGUGGUCGCUUACAAUUAAGUAUACGACAUAGUAUCGCUGAUUUAUCACCCAGUGGCUCUAGCGAAUAUAAAUACUUUGAGAUACCUACAUAUGAUCGAGAAUCGCGAUUAUUAACUUUACCAUUACGUGAGAGUUUUAUUGGAUUGCGUAAAGAGUGAUGUAUUCAAACAUUUACCAUUUUGCGAUGUGUUCAGAUUAAAUGGAAGCCAUUUUAAAUAGAGUUGCCGAA